GGAGGGGAGGGGGCCGUCAGGGGGGCAGCACCUGGGCUGAGGGUUGAGGUCCUUGCGCCCCUGCCUCCAUCCCGCCCACGCUCCCCGGAUUCCCUCCCUGAGUGCAGCUCCUGUCAGUCCUGAGCCCCCACCAGCUGCUCAGACUCUGCCCACGGCCCUGGCCUCUGCGCCCAUUCUCUUGCCUUUGGGUUUGGUUCACGCAUGUGCUAUUUAGGGUUUGGGUGACCUCUUCCUCGGCAAAUUAUUCUGUAACUUCCCGUUGUCCUGUCUGGGAUCACAAAUUGGAUUUGGGGUGAUGUGUAGAUCCUCUGUGCUCUGUGGACUAGUUCGUGACCUUGGGUUACCAGUUUCAUGGACUGUUCAGCAGCACUUGGGGUGAAGCCUUGCUUCCUCCCACAGUGUGCCUCCCCGUGUGUCCCCGCAUUUGAGUCCGAGGUGCCCCUCCCCAGGCCUCCUGUCCCCUCCCUCUCUGCCCCUCCCCAGCCAGCCGUCCUUAAUGCCCAGCUUGAGGCCGGCAGGACAGGAGACCGAGGUGGGUACUCGGGAGUGGAAGAGGGAAGCUGAUUCUUGGGCCAGCAAAAGGCAGGUGUGGAAAGGGCCCCCGACCCCAGUCCAGAGCCCUCAUCCCUCAGCCCUCCCUUCCGGUCUCACCCCCAGUCCCAGCGUCCGUGAGGUGUCCAGUCUGCUUGUCCCCACAAGCUGUAGGUCUGCCAGAGAGGAGACCUGCCCAGCCGGGACCACACACUGCUGGAACGGGGAACUGGUGUUUAUCGGAGGGGGCAUCAGAACCAGUGUCAGCAUCCAGGGAUGUGUACCUCAAGAAGGCUGCAACUUGUUUAAAGGGACUCAGCAUAUCGGGCCCUUGGUAAUGACUGAGAACUGCCUUCCUAGAGGGAAACAUGCAGUGGACUCAUCAUAACCUGUCUCAUGAACCUGUCAAAUGGCUCCACAGAGGCAACAGACCUGUGAUACUGCGGAGGUGUGUCAGGAGACGCUCCUGCUCAUAGAUGUAGGUGAGUUCGCUGUACAAGGCUGGGGUCUCCCCACCCUGGAUUCUGUCC